GGAGGAGGAGCGCUCCAGCCUGGAGCAGCCGAGCGCUAGCGGAGCCGGAGCUCCAGAAAGGAGGAGGCGGAGGCGGCGGAGGCGGCCCGGAGACCCUGCGGCACGGCGGCUCUGGUUGGCUGCGCGCCCCCGCCGCCCCCUCCCGCUCCCCGCCCUCCCGGUGGCUGGCCUCGGAAAGUACAGUAAAAAGUCCAAGUGCAGCCGCUGGGCGCAAGAUGGGAUCCGGCUCCUCCAGCUACCGGCCCAAGGCUAUCUACCUGGACAUCGAUGGGCGCAUUCAGAAGGUGAUCUUCAGCAAGUAUUGCAACUCCAGCGACAUCAUGGACCUGUUCUGCAUCGCCACGGGCCUGCCACGGAAUACAACCAUCUCACUGCUGACCACAGAUGACGCCAUGGUCUCCAUUGACCCCACCAUGCCUGCAAAUUCCGAGCGCACUCCCUACAAAGUGAGACCUGUGGCCAUCAAGCAACUCUCCGAGAGAGAAGAGCUGAUCCAGAGUGUGCUGGCCCAGGUGGCAGAGCAGUUCUCAAGAGCUUUUAAAAUCAACGAACUGAAAGCUGAAGUUGCCAACCACUUGGCGGUGCUGGAGAAGAGAGUGGAAUUGGAAGGACUAAAAGUGGUGGAGAUUGAGAAAUGCAAGAGUGAUAUUAAGAAGAUGAGGGAGGAGCUGGCAGCCCGGAGCAGCAGGACCAACUGUCCCUGUAAGUAUAGUUUUUUGGAUAACAACAAGAAGCUGACACCUAGACGUGAUGUCCCCACUUAUCCCAAGUACCUGCUGUCUCCCGAGACCAUCGAGGCCCUGCGGAAGCCGACCUUUGAUGUCUGGCUUUGGGAGCCCAACGAGAUGCUGAGCUGCCUGGAGCACAUGUACCAUGACCUGGGCUUGGCCAGGGACUUCAACAUCAACCCCAUCACACUCAAGAGGUGGCUGCUCUGUGUGCACGACAAUUACAGAAACAACCCUUUCCACAACUUUCGGCACUGCUUCUGUGUGGCGCAGAUGAUGUACAGCAUGGUCUGGCUCUGUGGUCUCCAGGAUAAGUUUUCCCAAAUGGAUAUCUUGAUCCUAAUGACAGCAGCCAUCUGCCACGACUUGGACCACCCAGGGUACAACAACACGUACCAGAUCAACGCCCGCACGGAGCUGGCGGUCCGCUAUAACGACAUCUCGCCACUGGAGAACCACCACUGUGCCGUGGCCUUCCAGAUCCUCGCCCAGCCAGAGUGCAACAUAUUCUCCAGUGUGUCACCAGAUGGCUUCAGGCAGAUCAGACAGGGAAUGAUCACGUUAAUCUUGGCCACUGACAUGGCAAGGCAUGCAGAAAUUAUGGAUUCUUUCAAAGAAAAAAUGGAUAAUUUUGACUACAGCAAUGAGGAGCACAUGACCCUGCUGAAGAUGAUUUUGAUAAAAUGCUGUGAUAUCUCUAACGAGGUCCGUCCCAUGGAAGUCGCAGAGCCUUGGGUGGACUGCUUAUUAGAAGAAUAUUUUAUGCAGAGCGACCGUGAGAAGUCUGAAGGCCUCCCUGUGGCCCCAUUCAUGGACCGGGACAAAGUGACCAAAGCUACGGCCCAAAUUGGGUUCAUCAAGUUUGUCCUGAUCCCGAUGUUCGAAACAGUGACCAAGCUCUUCCCUGUGGUGGAGGAAACCAUGCUGCAGCCGCUCUGGGAGUCGCGGGACCGUUACGAGGAGCUGCAGCGGACGGAUGACGCCUUGAAAGAGCUACAGAAAAAGACUGAGGACUUGACGUCCAGAGGCACCGAAAAAUCCAGAGAGAAAGGCAGAGAUGUGAAAAAAGGUGAAGACUGCACCUGAAGAGAGCCAGAGACCUGUGGCUGCCGUGGGGGACCAGGCCUCUGGGGGACGAGGCCAUCGGGGACCAGGCCUCCAGGGGAUGAGGCUGUCGUGGACCAGGCCUCCGGGGGAUGAGGCCAUCGGGGA